CAGACACCACUUCAGACUCUCUCCAGCAACACAGUUUAAUAAAAAGUGAACAAUGAGCUGCAGUGAAGCGCACUGUGUGGUGAGUUUCCACUAUCAAAAUGUCCUCUGGCGGUAAAAAGUUUGACCGAACCUGCUCGGUGUUUACCAGCUUCCACCUCCCUCUCAUGUCUCUCCUCCAGCGGGGGUCCAGGCCCCCAACCCUGCCUCCUCUCUCCAGCAGGACCCUGGGCCACCCCUCUUUCCUGCCCCUGUACCUGACUGCGGGCUACACACACCCUCACCCGGACUGCCGCGACGUCCACCCCAUCACCCCGGAGGAGUUCUUCUACUCGGACCCGACCAUGAGGUGUGGGAGGAGGGUCCCCAACUCAGUGAGCGAGCUGAAGGUCUUCGAUUGCUUCCAGCUCAACACUCCCUCACCCGUUAUGUCUGCCUGCCCGGCCCCACCAACCCGUCCAGACCCAUUCAGAUCGGGACCCCACCCCACUAGGGAUCUGGGCGACCUUACCUCCUUCAAAAUAAAUACCCUCCACCCUCCAGUGCAGCCAAGCCGGGUCGUCAUCCAGCUUACCCAGGAGGAGGACCAGGCUAUUACUAACCUCCUGAAACUACACCACCAGGAGCCUCUUCACUCCUCUUCAGGUCUGGAGGUUUACAAGCCCUUCUGUAGCGAUGUGCAACAUCUGAGCGAGGCCAGUUCGCAAGGUCAGGGAAGAUGUUGGUCAGAUACUGAGCUCGAGGCAGCCAACACCCUCUUGAGUGGCUUUAGCCUGAUGGAGGGGGACAGAAUCUGGAGCCAAAACCACAACAAAUCAAAAGUAACACAACCUGAUCCUCUGCCAUACCAGCGUCAAAGAUCUGAGACUCCGCCUGGAGCAAUAACUGCUGGUUGCACUCAACAGAACAUCAGCUUUAGUUGUGUCAGAGAAUGUGGAGAACCAGGCUGGGAGGAUUUCGUGUUUCUGGAGGGGAGGAAUGCAGAUAAUGUUCACGUGCAAGUUUGUCAGGAAUACUUGGCAUCGCCUUUACCCCCGAGGCUGUCUUCAGACCGAAAGCCAAAGAGCAGCUCGAGUGUCUCUGGAGAUUUCUCAGAGGUGAAGGAAUGGAUGCUGUCGGACUCUGAGGGAGAUGCUGUGCAUGUACUCCUGAACCUGCGAGACAUGGGAGUGAUGGAUAUUGUCUAGUGAUUGUCUUAAAUCUGAGGGUCUUUUUGUCCCUGGGUAUGUUUUUAAAGGACCAGUGUGUAGACUGUAAAUGUUUGAAUACAGCUCAUCUUGAUGAAAGGGCCAAUCUAGAGCCAGUGUUUGGU